UCACAAACGAAUUCAUGAUGCCCAUGGCCUUGCUAGAAAUACCCGUAUCGGGAUGAACUUGCUUAAGGACCUUGUAGAUGUAGAUCGCAUAGCUCUCCUUUCUCUUUCCCUUCCUCUUUUUCUUGGCCGAACCAUCAACUGCCGCCGACUUAGUUUUUCCCGCUCGCUUCUCGCCUUUCUUUGCUGCUGGAACUUUCGGUGCCAUGUUUAUCUGGCUUCUCUGAAAAAUUGUUUGGAAUUCUAGAUGAUCCGAUGAGAUCAGCUUUGAACAUGCCACGGUAACUUAACUGCUAUUUAUUACAAAUUAUCCAGGAGGAUUAAUUAGUAUGCGGAUCGAAAUUGCCUUUCGCCGAUUGGUUAUUUCAUUAACUGACAACUACCCAUAGGCCGACGCUACCGACAGCGCAUUUUGCCUGCUAAUUAUCUUUUGUUCGGAGUACGGCGCGGUUUUGAUUGGUGCGCUUUGAUCCUCUGAUUUGAAGAAAAAUCAAAUAAAAAUCCGGGUCAUAGUUUCGGGCUGACUAGACUAGAACAAAAUCGUUCAACUCAACUUUGCCAGAGAUAACAAGCAAAGAGAACAUUCAGAAAGUGAAAAUGACAGGUCGAGGAAAAGGCAAAGCUCCGGGCACCAAGUCUAAGAGCCGUUCAUCCCGGGCAGGACUUCAGUUUCCUGUUGGUCGUAUCCAUCGUCUCCUUCGCAAAGGCAACUACGGCGAGCGUGUCGGCGCAGGUGCUCCAGUCUACUUGGCUGCCGUACUGGAGUAUCUGAGUGCUGAGAUUCUCGAGUUAGCUGGAAAUGCUGCUCGGGACAACAAGAAAACCAGGAUCAUCCCUCGUCACCUGCAGUUAGCCGUUCGAAACGAUGAAGAGUUAAACAAACUUCUUGCUGGUGUGACUAUCGCUCAGGGUGGAGUUCUUCCCAACAUACAAGCAGUGCUUCUACCCAAGAAGGCGGAGAAGAAACAACAUUAAGCUCCCAGCUUAAUAACAAACUCAAAACGGCUCUUUUAGGAGCCACCAAAUGUUGAUAACAGUCAUGUUCCAAUACAAAGAUAAGCGGCCUUAUAGCAAUACAUCAAAGUUACC